ACCCAUACUUUCGUCUUCUUCCCGGCUUUCCUCUCUCUCUCUCCACCGGCCGGCUCAGAUCUGAUUCUCAUGUCCCGUAGAAUCGUAAAGCUGUCGAUUUUUGUAACCGAGUCAUGAAAAGAUCUCACAUUUCAUCUCCUCGCUCUUGUUCUCGACCGGCGAUUUCAGUGUUGGGCGUUUUCCUCUUGUUCCUUCUGGGUUUAACACUAACCUCUCGAAAACCAUCCGAUUCGUCCUCCGGUUUAUCCCCAAAUCGAAGCUUGACCGGAAAUCCGAAGAUACCGAGGCUCGCGUACUUGGUAACUGGGACAAAAGGAGAUGGGAAACGUGUGAAGCGGCUGCUCAGGGCAAUACACCAUCCGAGAAAUUACUAUCUUCUUCAUCUUGAUCUUCAAGCUUCGGAUGAAGAAAGGAUGGAGCUUGCUAAGUAUGUGAGGUCGGAGAAGAAGAAGUUGAAGAACGUUAUGGUUAUGGGUUUGGCUGAUUUGGUGACGGAGAAAGGUCCAACGAUGUUAGCUAGCACGCUUCAUGGGGUUGCGAUUCUGUUGAAGAAAGCUAAGGAUUGGGAUUGGUUUAUUAAUCUUAGUUCCUCUGAUUAUCCUCUCAUGCCUCAAGAUGAUAUUUUGCACAUCUUCUCAUACUUGCCUCGCUACCUGAACUUCAUUGAGCACACAAGCAACAUCGGUUGGAAAGAAAACCAAAGAGCAAGACCAAUCAUUAUCGAUCCUGGCUUUUACCAUUUGAAGAAAUCUGGUGUCUUUUGGGCUAAAGAACGAAGAUCUUUGCCUGCAUCAUUCAAACUUUUCAUGGGGUCAACAAGCGUAGCUCUAACAAGACCUUUCCUCGAGUUCUGCAUCUGGGGAUGGGACAAUCUCCCAAGAACGCUAUUGAUGUACUACACCAACUUCCUUUUGUCAUCGGAAGGCUAUUUUCAGACAGUUGUGUGCAACAACAGAGAUUAUCAGAACACAACGGUUAACCACGACUUGCAUUACACCCACUGGGAUCCGCUUUUCCAAGAGCGUGCCCUGAAUCUAACGGUUGAGGAUUUUCGUGACAUGGUCCAAAGCGGUGCGCCAUUUGCAAGGGAGUUUCAAGAGGAUGGUGCCAUACUCGAUAAGAUCGAUGACGAGCUGCUUGGUCAAAAAGACGGUGGAUUAGAGUGGAAGACUAUGGAGGUUGUUAAGCCAACGUUGAGUUGGAAGAGGCUUGAGAAGCUCAUGGUUAGGCUUCUUGAUCAUGAGAGUUUCAGGGCUAAGCAAUGUAAAUAGUUCUUUGUUUGUCUAACUCUUGAUUAUUGAUUUUAUUUUCAUGCAAAGUAAGUUGACCUUGCAAUAUCUGUGUUCUCAUUAGUCUAAAGAGUACCUACGCAUAUGUAAAGUAAAAACACUAGAAAAUUUAGGUUUUGUUCCAAAAUGUCGUCAUCAAUAGUUUGUUUAUCCUAAAUGUGAAUGUAUUUUAUCCUA